AUGGGAUCUGAUAAUACUCGUCAAGAGGCACUAGCACUUGCUAAGCGCUUACGUCACCAUUCUAUGCUUAAGAACCGUCCUGGAAUACUCGAUGGGAAGCGUGUUGACUUUUUCAAAGCUAAACAUGCUUUUCGCAUUCUCCAGAGCACAACCUUUGAUUCUGCUAAUACUAUGGAUGCAUCAGCUGCUUUUUCAUUGUUAAUUCGGCACAAAUUUAUCAGACGUGUUGACAAGCUGUCUUCUCGUGCUGAGCGUACUGAACAUGGUGCUAAUAUGCGUCGACGCACCCGUCGACUACGUAUAAGUGCUGAACAUGGUGUAACAGAUAAAGCAUAUUAUGUAUGGCUUUAUGAUCAAAUUCCAAUAACAACUGUAUUACUUGGUAUUGCAGCACUUUUAUUGGUUUUGGCUGUAAUUGUUUAUCCCCUCUGGCCACCACGGCUACGUCGUGUAGCACAUCGGUUAAGCUGGGUAGCAUUGGGGUUGGUAGUUUCACUACUUAUUUUAACUGUAUUACGUCUUUUUAUUUUUAUUAUAACACUUGCUAUAUGUCCUCCUGGAAUUUGGUUAUUUCCUAAUCUUUAUGAAGAUGUUGGAUUCAUUGAUAGUUUCCGGCCUUUAUGGGGGUGGCAUGUGAAACGGAAAAGUAAGCGUAAGACAGCAAAAAAUAUAGAUGGGAAAGGAUCAGGAAAUGGCUCAUGUGCUGUUUCAACAAGUACAUCAAAUGAAUGCCGACCGAAUCAAGUCUUAAUUGAGGAUGUAGAUGAAAAAAAUUAA